CCACUCGUCACAGGAGUGGUGGCGGUGUUAAAAUUAAUCUUCAAUUUAAUGAUAAUCUUAAAAAGUAAACUGUACAUUAGAAAAAACUGUUGGAUUUGGGAAAUGCUGCUCUUGAAUCGAAUGUUCCCUAUAGUUGGACCGCGUUUUAUGUCUACAAAUCAAUCUAAAAUAAUUGAUAGAGGUUCUGAAACAACGUUUCAAUGCGAGGUAAAUAAAUUGUCGAAACAUUAUCUAAUUUGA